CUCACAUGUCGGAGCUGAGGCUGGUUCUGUUGGGGAACAGCUGGUCUGAGAGGAGCUCAGUGGGAAACUUCAUUCUGAGAACAAACGCCUUCAACACAGAGGAAGAACUGGAUGAAUGUGUUCGUUCAAACGGGGAGUCUAAGGAAAACAGACUCAGGAUCGUGUUGUUUGGAAAAAGUGACGAUAAGAAAAUAUCACUGGGAAACAUCAUCACUAGGAAACACUGGGAGGUUAAAGUGCAGCAGUUUGCUGGGUUUAAAGCUUCACUUUCCAGGUUUCGUGGAGGAAAACAGUGUGUGUCUGUCAGUGGACAGUGGGACAGAAAACCUUUGACAGUGGUGAAAACUCCAGACAUCUUUAAUCUGUCAGUGGAAGCAGUGAGAAAGGAGAUGGAGAGGUGUGUGGAGCUCUGUUCUCCAGGACCAAAUGUUCUGCUGCUGCUGGUGAAAUCCUCUGAAUUCACUGAAGAGGACAGAAAAACUCUGAUGUUCAUCCUGAGUCUGUUUGGUCAGGAUGUCUUCAAACACGCCAUGGUUGUCCUGACCCAUGAAGAUGAAGGUUCUAACCCCACAGUAGACAGACUCAUCCAGGACUGCCAGCAAAAGGUUCACAGCUUCAAUACUGACAGGAAGGAUCCUUCCAAACAUGACCUUCAAGAGUUGAUGCAGAAAAUGGAAACUAUAGUGAACACCCACAGAGGAGGGUUUCUGGAAUUAGAUAAAGAAUCCAAACCUCCGGUGAACCUGGUGUUGUUUGGUAGAAAAGGGCCUGGAAAGACGUCAGCAGUCAAUGUUAUACUGGGACCAGGAAGGUUUGGACCAGCUGCCAACUCAGAGUGUGUCAGAAAGCAGGGAGAGGUGUGUGGACGGUGGGUCUCUGUGGUGGAGCUGCCUGCUUUGUAUGGAAGACCUCAGGAGGAGGUGAUGGACCAGGCUCUCAGCUGUGUCUCCCUCUGUGAUCCUGAAGGUGUCCACGCCUUCAUCCUGGUCCUGCCUGUGGGACCACUCACUGAUGAAGACAAGGGAGAGUUAGAGACCAUCCAGAAGACCUUCAGCUCUUCAGUCAAUGACUUCACCAUGAUUCUCUUCACUGUGGACUCAGAUCCUUCAACUCUCGACUUUCCAAAGGGAAACACGGAGGUAGAAGCGUUGAUUCAGAGCUGUAGUGGAGAACAUUUUGUUCUCAACAUCAGUGGAAGACAAGAACUUUCAAGGUUGUUUUAUAAUGUCGAUACAAUGAGAGACAGAAAUGAGACUCACUCCUACACAAUGAAAAUGUUCAGUCAGUCCCAAAUAGGAAAGUUAAUAUUCCAUCAGGCUGAGCUCAAGAACCUGAAAGCAAAGAACACAGACAUCAGUGAUGAGGAGAUACAGAACACAGACUGUCUUCGGAUUGUUGUUCUGGGGAAGACCGGCAGUGGAAAGAGCUCGUCAGGAAACACCAUCCUGGGAAGAAAGGAGUUUAAAGCUUCACCUGGAACCAGAUCAGUCACCAAACAUUGUAAGAAAGCAGUAGCUGAAGUGAACGACCGUGAUAUUGUUGUGGUCGAUACUCCAGGACUGUUUGACGACAGUUUGUCCAAUGAAGAGAUAAAUAGAGAGCUGGUGAAAUGUGUGAGUCUUCUGGCUCCAGGACCACACGUCUUCUUGUUGGUGGUGAGAAUCGGCAGAUUCACACCAGAAGAGAAAAGAACACUGACACUAAUCAGGGAUGUGUUUGGAAAGAAUUCCCUGCACUUCACCUUCAUUCUGUUAACAGGAGGUGAUGAACUGGAUCAUGAUGGGCUCUCAGCUGAAGAAUACAUUAACGAUAAUAGUGAUGAUUCAUUUAAAAGUCUGAUUGCCGACUGUGGAGGAAGAUAUCAUGUGUUCAGCAAUCGUAUAGAAAACCCCAAUCAAGUCAGUGAGCUGAUAGCAAAGAUCGACUCCAUGGUGAAGGAAAAUGGAGGUGGCUGCUUCACCAAUGACAUGCUGCAAGAAGCUGAAGCCGCAAUAAACAAACAAAUGACAAAGAUCCUAAAAGAGAAGGAAAAAGAGACAAAGAGAGAGAGAGAGCAACUGGAUAAAAAGCAUAAGGAAGAAAUGCAGAAGAUGAAGAUGAGAAUGGAGAAACAACGAGCUGAACUGGAAGAGGAGAGAAAACUGAUAGAAGACCAGCUGAAGGAAAAGGAAGAAAACAUCAUAAAGGAGCGAGAGCUGAGAAAGAGAGAACAGGGAGAGAGAGAAGAAGAAGACAGGACGAGGAAAAGACAGGAGGAAGUUAAAAUAAGAGCGUGGGAAAAAAAGCUUGAAGCUUUGGAGAAAAAGAUCAAAUCUGAAUCUGAACAAAAAGAAUCCAUUGACAAAGAACUGGUGGAGUCGAGAGAGGAGAUGAGGAAGGAGCGAGAGAUCUGGGAAAAGGAAAGAAAAGAGUGGUGGGAGAAAAGACAGAAAGAAGAUGAAGAAAUACGACAAAACGAGCAAACAAAUUUGUCAAAGCUUCAGGAAGACGUUGAGCAGGGAAGAGCAAACUAUGAAAACAAAAGAAAAGAAGACGAUAAAAAGGGAUGGGAGGAAGAGUUGAAGAAACAAGAAUUAGAGGAGAACUACAAAAAAGAAUUGAAGAAUAUGAAAAAGAAACAUAAAGAGGAGGCCAGAAAACAAGCUGAAGAGUUCAAUGAAUUCAAGAACAGCAAAGAAAUUGAGUUUGCAGCUUUAAUAGAGAAACAUAUGCAGGAAAUCACUGAACUUAAAAAUAACUUUGCAAAAAGUCAACAGGAGCUGAAGGAAAGUGAAGCGAAAGAAGAAAGCCUGAAAAAACAAAUGGAUGAAGUUCUGAACAAACACAAACUUGAAAUGGGGAGGCGCAUCGGAGAGGCGCAGCAGAGCCUCCGCAGCAACGGAAACCAGGUCCUCCCCGGCCAAAAUGGGGCCACCAAGAGAAGCCUGUGGCCCCCCUGGGCCACCCUGAGGAGAGGAAAACCAGAGUGGGCAAUGCGUUGCAGCCGCGGACGCAAAGAGAUCCACCCGUGCCCUGCCGAAAGACCUCCAAAUCAGAGUCACGACGUGGGGAUGCAGCUUCCACUCCCCUGGCAGCAACGACUGCCGGGAGAGGGAGUCCGCCACCUCGUUUUGCGGCCCCGGGACGUACGCUGCCCGGAGCCCUGCCAGACACGGAAGCAACCGCCGCAGAGCAAGAAAAACUGCGAGCAGCUCCAGCACAUUGAUGUGCUCGCCUCGGAGCCGACGGGACCAUGUCCCCUGCACCACCCGGCCCUGCCAGGUCGCACCCCAGCCCAUGGAUGA